UUACAUACAGUAGAUAUAAUCUUAUUUGCAAAAGGCUGUGCAGUAGUGGAACAUGAUGAAACAUUUAACCACUGCUUAGUCUAUAUUCAAAAAUAGAUUUCAAAUCAAUUUCAAGAUCCAGGAGAGACCAACCAGAGUAAUACAACUGCAGAGCUGACCCUUUUCAUUCAGAAUGAAUACCUUUUAUGCCUUGUUUUUUCUUCUACAUGCUUCUGGGAUAGAGGGAGCAGCAGAGAUCAAUGUAGAGGGAUUCGUGGGGGGAGAUGUCUCAUUCCAGUGUUCUCACAAAUUCGCUUUGAAGAUGACUAAAUACCUCUGCAAUAAUGCAUGUAAAGGAAUUGAAGAUAGACUGGUUACUGUACAGUCUGGUGCAGCAGCCGAGUCGGGAAGGAUCACUCUGGUGGACUCAGGGGCCGGAGCCUUCUCCGUGACCUUCAGACAACUCCAGCUGUCAGACAUGGGGACAUACUGGUGUGCGGUGGAGAGGUUCGGUUUUGACACAUACACUUCAGUACAGCUUACUGUUAAUGAAGGUGUUACAAAUGAGACAAGAACUGUCAAACCUGAACUUUCUCGCACAUGGACAUAUGAGAAUAUGUCCAACUCAACACAGUUAACAUCUGUAAUGGACACCAGUAACCCUGCAAUACUUUCAGCAGCCACCAACAACAGUAAUGGAGGAGAACAGAACGUCAGUACAGGCACCGUUUUGUUUGCUACAGUUGGGACACUAGGCAUGCUCACAAUUGUGAUGCUGGCAUUGAUCAUCAGGAAAUGUAGAGAGAGUUCAAAACCUCAACCACGAGUUGGCUUCAACUGCGGAGACCUCUUCGGUGCAGACAAAAGAAAGCAGGCCAACUGUGAGAACAAUGAAAUUGUUGAGCAAGAGAAGUCGUUGAAGAACACAUCUCAGAGGCUCUCCUGUACUCAGCACCCAAAGAUGGAUCCACCAACGUCUGCUUCCACAGCACCUGACUUUCAUACAUAUGAGAACAUUUGCUGCUCCAAAGGCACUGCACAUUCAAGAUUCUCCCCAGCAAACAACGGAGACGAACAAUACGCCAACACUGUGAUUUACAUCAAACCAUUACCACCUUUAUCUGGAAGAACUGUCAAGGGCUGUCUUAGAAAACCCACAAAUGAACCCACAGAAACUACAAAUGCCAAAGACCAACCUACAGAGAGCUGUACAAGCAAUGCACCCACCUGUCAGUCCCGCGCAGUCACAGAAGUGAGGCCAGGAUCACUUUGGUUUGGGUUGAAUUUAUCAAAAACAGAGUGAGUUAGUGUGAGUAUGAUUGGGAUUUUAAAGUUUUGACAUUAAUAGACAACUGAGCUGUACUUUCUAAUCUGCUUCUAAAGUGUUAACCCACAUUCAUCUUUCAAAUAAAGCUGGUUCUGUCUUUUUAUUAUUUCAGAGACAAACAAAUAAAAAUCAUCUUCAGCCUUUUUGUCCA